AUGGAGAACGAGCCUGGAAUAGUGUCUCCUUUCAAACGAGUCUUCCUGAAGGGUGAAAAAGGUCGGGAUAAAAAAGCCCAGGAGAAGGUUACGGAGAGACGGCCACUGCAUACGGUGGUGGUGUCCCUGCCUGACCGCGUCGAACCAGACGUGCUGCUGAAUGACUACAUCGAGAAAGAAGUGAAGUAUUUAGGUCAACUCACAUCCAUCCCAGGGUACCUGAAUCCCUCCAGCCGCACGGAAAUCCUGCAUUUGAUCGAUAAUGCAAAGAGAGCACACCAGCUCCCGGGGCAGCUGACCCAAGAACACGAUGCUGUCAUUAGUCUCUCUGCCUACAACAUCAAGCUGGUGUGGAGGGAUGGAGAAGAUCUCAUCCUCAGGGUCCCCAUCCAUGACAUUGCCUCCGUUUCCUACAUCCGAGAUGACUCCGCUCACUUGGUCGUGCUGAAAACAGCUCAGGACCCCGGGAUCUCCCCAAGCCAGAGUCUCUGUGCCGAGAGCUCCAAAGCCCUUACUUCAGGCUCGCUGUCUGAGAGCGGGGUGGUUCCUGUUGAAGCUUGUUGCUUGGUGGUCCUGGCUACGGAGAACAAAGUGACUGCCGAGGAGCUGUGCUCACUUCUCAGCCAAGUCUUCCAGAUUGUUUACACUGAGUCCACGAUAGACUUCUUGGACAGAGCAAUAUUUGAUGGGGCGUCCACGCCGACGCGGCACAUGUCCUUACACAGCGACGACUCUUCUACAAAAGUGGAUGUUAAGGAAUCUUACGAAACGGAAGCAAGCACUUUUUCCUUUCCAGAAACUUUGGAUGCAGGUGACAACUCCCCCUCUUCCUUCUCCACGCAACAGUCUCCACACAUUAAGACAGUCAGCGAGAGCGAGCUGAGCACCACGGCGACAGAGCUGCUCCAGGACUAUAUGAUGACGCUCCGAACGAAACUCUCUUCCCAAGAGAUCCAGCAGUUCGCCAUGCUCCUCCACGAGUAUCGCAACGGGGCUUCGAUCCACGAAUUCUGCAUCAACUUGAAGCAGCUCUACGGGGACAGCAGAAAGUUCCUGCUCUUAGGUCUUCGCCCCUUCAUCCCUGAGAAGGACAGCCAACACUUCGAGAACUUCCUUGAGACCAUCGGGGUGAAGGACGGCCGGGGCAUCAUCACGGACAGUUUCGGGAGGUACAGGCGGACUCUGAGCACCACCUCCAACUCCACCACCAACGGCAACGGCGCCGCCGGCAGCUCGGAUGACCAGUCCGUCCCUUCCGAGGAGGACGAGUGGGACCGAAUGAUCUCGCACAUCAGCAACGACAUCGAAGCCCUGGGGUGCAGCAUGGACCGCGACUCCUCCUGAGGGGAGGGACCCCGCAGCGGCGCCCGGAUCCUGACCGUCGUUCUGCAAGAGGUUUUCGGGCUCCACCAGGAUGCAAUUACUCUCCCGUCCUCAUUAAUGGAUCCGAGC